AUGACAGAAGGAAAUGACACUGAAGUGACAGAAUUCUUUCUUCUGGGAUUUGCUACCCAGCACAGGUUUCAGCAUGUCCUCUUCAUGGUAUUUCUACUGAUCUACAUGACCUCCAUGGUGGGUAAUAUUGGAAUGAUCCUACUCAUCAAAACUGACUCCAGACUUCAAACACCCAUGUACUUUUUACUACAACAUUUGGCAUUUGUUGAUAUCUGCUAUACUUCUGCUAUCACUCCCAAGAUGUUGCAUAAUAUCAUAUCAGAGAAUAAGUCAAUUUCAUUUGUGGGAUGUGUAAUGCAAUCAUGGUUUUAUGCAACAUUUGCUACAAAUGACUGUUACCUCCUGGCUGCUAUGGCAGUGGACCGUUAUGUAGCCAUCUGUAAACCACUUCGCUAUUCCACAGUCAUGUCCCAUACAGUAUGCAUCCUACUGGUAGCUGGUUCAUAUGUCAUUGGCUCAAUAAACUCCUCUGUGCACACAGGUUUUACAUAUUCACUGUCCUUUUGCAAGUCCCACACAAUUAAUCACUUUUUCUGUGAUGCUCCCCCAAUUCUUGCCAUUUCAUGCUCCAACAUUGGCAUCAACAUCAUGCUACUUGCUGUCUUUGUGGGAUUCAACUUGACAUUCACUAUGUCAGUUGUCAUCUUCUCUUAUAUAUACAUCCUAUCUGCCAUCUUAAAGAUGCCUUCUACUGCAGGGAGGAAAAAAGCCUUCUCGACAUGUGCCUCCCACCUUACAGCAGUUACCAUUUUCUAUGGAACUCUCACUUACAUGUACCUACAGCCUCAUUCUAAUAUUUCCCAGGAGAAUAUGAAAGUUGCCUCCAUAUUUUAUGGAAUUGUGAUUCCCAUGUUGAACCCCAUGAUCUACAGCUUGAGAAAUAAGGAAGUAAAAGGAGCUCUAAAAGUAAUAGGGAAGACAUUGUUCUAG